UUCCCAGCCUCCCUCCCACUGCCUCAGCUAGCUGGCCCUCCCCGAAUUCCGCAUUUCCGGUAUUCUCGUCUCCUUGGCAACCAGGACCGCGCUGAUCGCAUCAUUGCAGCAUUUUUCUGGCGGCCAUUUUGAGUAAGGGCAGAGAGGAGGGUGAAGGGGCUGUAACAGAGCUGGUGCGACGCUGCCUCUUUUUGUUCUCGUCUCACCUUUAACUCCGAAAACUAUAAAGGGACCAAACGGUUCAUUCUUUGAUGGUUAUAGACGCUAGGAGGAGAAAGACCCUUUCUUGACCACAAUAAAGAUGGCGAAAAAUGCUUAACACUCGUGCUAGAGUGGGGUUACGUAGAACGGCGUGCUGCAAACCAGCUCUGGGCGGCUCUGAGUAGGUUGCAGUCUUGCGAGCUGCAGACGCAGACUCCUUCUGGACGGGGCUGAGGUGUCGCUUGCGCUCCUUUCUAGAAGCUGGGGUUCUCCGGCCUGCCUCCUCUUGUUUCUGUGUCCAGAGCCGGACUUCUCUUUCAAUUUGCUUUUGCAGAUGAAGAAACUGAGGCCCAGGGACAGGUAGUAACUGCAAGAACCAAGACCUGAACUGAGGCUUACUUACUAGCUAUCAGGGUUGAUAAGAACCAGCUGCCCAGCAGAAACCUGAGACGGUCUCACGUUUUAUCUGUGCAUCCUGAAAUGCUCCCCCCCCUUUUUUUUUUAAUUAAAGAGCCACAUACAUUUUUAAUAUUACAGUCUAAUAGUCUGUUAUAUCUAAGAUUUGGAAACAAACCAGAUUGGACUUUUUGCUAUAGUCCUUACUGUCUUUAAAAAGUGACCUGGAGCAGUUGCUUCAAGCAGCCAGAGCUACAGUUUCCUCACUUGUAAAAAUGAGCAUAGUAAUAGCUACUUUAUCAAGUCCUUAUGAAGUUUAAAUUAAAUAAAAGCACCUGGCACAUAGCAAACUCCCAACAAAUAUUAGCCAUCCCCUUCCUCCUCCCCAGCCUUAUUAAGCAGUUAGGCUUUUUUAAGUUCAUCCUCUCCACACACAUAACCAAAGUCAUGCUCAGAAUUAUGUAAGAUCAAAGCCAUUUAAAGCCCUCAGAGUUCCUCAGAUGCCCCAUUAAGUCUAUGUACUUAUUUGCAGAUUUUCAUUUUGUUUUUUGUUUUCUGUUUUAGUUUGGCCCUUUGUGUACCAGAAUCAGUGCUGCAUAGCUUGAGCCUGAUAGGAUUGAUUUUACAAAUGAGACUUUUAAGUCACAUCGGCUGAGAGUGUGAUUUGAAUGAAACUUUAACUUGUACACAUUUUCAGGUUUAUUUAACCUAAAUUAUCAGCUGUCUGCAGUAAUUCGUAACCUAAGGGGUGCAUGGCCCUGAAAGGGAGGGAUAAGAACUGGCAAUCUUAGAUGCUCUGAGAACCCACUACUGUGUGUAUUCGAAACCUAUGAAAUCGUUCAUGUGCUGACGGCCCCAAAGGGAGCAUAAACCAGGGACUUUGCUAUCAUGCAGCAGAAGACCCGAUUAUUUCUCCAGGCUCUGAAGUAUAGUAUUCCUCACCUUGGGAAAUGCUUGGAGAGACAGCGUUUGAAUCACUGUCACUUCGCUGAUCAUUGUUAUGGUAGAAUAAGAUUGAGAAACUGUCACGUAACCAAGUGUCUGCAGAAUAAAAACAAGAUAACAGAGUUAGCAAGACACGUCCCAAGUCGGAGCUUCUCCUCUAAGGAUCUUCCGCCUAUUAAACAAGAAAACGAAAAAUCCCCUUCAGGAAACAUGGAUACAUUUGAAAAAGUGAGAACAAAAUUAGAAACACAGCCACAAGAAGAAUACGAAAUCGUCAAUGCCGAGGUUAAACAUGGUGGUUUCGUUUACUAUCAAGAAGGUUGCUGCUUGGUUCGUUCAAAAGAUGAAGAAGCAGACAAUGAUAAUUACGAAGUUUUAUUCAAUAUGGAGCAACUUAAAUUAGACCAGCCCUUCAUUGACAGUAUCAGAGUAGCUCCAGAUGAAAAAUAUGUGGCCGCCAAGAUAAGAACCGAGGAUUCUGAAGCAUCUACCUGUAUAGUCGUGAAGCUGAGCGAUCAGCCUGUGAUGGAAGCUUCUUUCCCAAAUGUGUCCAGUUUUGAAUGGGUAAAGGAUGAAGAAGAGGAAGAUGUUUUGUUCUACACCUUCCAGAGGAACCUCCGCUGUCAUGAUGUGUAUCGAGCCACUUUUGGUGAUAACAAGCGCAAUGAACGUUUUUACACAGAAAAAGACCCAAGCUAUUUUGUUUUCCUUUACCUCACAAAAGACAGUCGUUUCCUCACCAUAAAUAUUAUAAACAAGACCACUUCUGAAGUGUGGUUGAUAGAUGGCCUGAGCCCUUGGGACCCACCAGUCCUUAUCCAGAAGCGAAUUGCUGGUGUCCUUUACUACAUUGAACACAGAGAGGAUGAACUAUACAUUCUCACUAACGUUGGUGAGCCUACAGAGUUCAAGCUAAUGAGAACAGCAGCUGAUAGUCCUGCCAUUAUGAAUUGGGAUUUAUUUUUCACAAUGAAGAAAAAUACCAAAGUCAUAGACUUGGACAUGUUUAAGGAUCACUGUGUUUUGUUCCUGAAGUACAGCAAUCUACUUUAUGUCAAUGUCAUUGGUCUGGCUGAUGAUUCAGUUCGGUCUCUAAAGCUCCCUCCCUGGGCCUGUGGAUUCAUAAUAGAUACAAAUUCUGACCCAAAGAACUGCCCCUUUCAGCUUUGCUCUCCAAUACGUCCCCCAAAAUAUUACACAUAUAAGUUUGCAGAGGGCAAACUUUUUGAGGAAACUGGGCACGAAGACCCAAUCACCAAGACUAGUCGUGUUUUACGUCUAGAAGCCAAAAGUAAGGAUGGAAAAUUAGUGCCAAUGACCAUUUUCCACAAAACGGAUUCUGAGGACUUGCAGAGGAAACCCCUCCUGGUACACGUGUAUGGAGCUUAUGGAAUGGAUUUGAAAAUGAAUUUCCGACCUGAGAGGCGGGUGUUGGUUGACGAUGGAUGGAUAUUAGCAUAUUGCCAUGUCCGGGGUGGUGGUGAGUUAGGCCUCCAGUGGCACGCUGAUGGCCGUCUAACUAAAAAGCUCAAUGGCCUUGCAGACAUAGAGGCUUGCAUUAAGACGCUUCAUGGCCAAGGCUUUUCUCAGCCAAGCCUAACAGCCCUGGCUGCUUUCAGUGCUGGAGGGGUGCUAGCGGGAGCCUUGUGUAACUCUAAGCCAGGGCUCCUGAGAGCUGUGACUUUGGAGGCACCUUUCUUGGAUGUUCUCAACACCAUGAUGGACACUACACUUCCUCUGACUUUGGAAGAAUUAGAAGAAUGGGGGAACCCUUCAUCUGAUGAAAAACACAAGAAUUACAUAAAACGUUACUGCCCCUAUCAAAAUAUUAAACCUCAGCAUUAUCCUUCGAUUCACAUCACAGCUUAUGAAAACGAUGAACGUGUACCUCUGAAAGGAAUUGUAAACUAUACUGAGAAACUCAAGGAAGCCAUCAAAGAGCAUGCUAAGGACAAAGGCGAAGGUUAUCAGGUCCCCAAUAUUGUUUUAGACAUUCAGCCUGGAGGCAAUCAUGUGAUUGAGGAUUGUCACAGAAAGAUUACAGCCCAAAUUAAAUUCCUGUACGAAGAGCUUGGACUUGACAGCACCAACGUUUUUGAGAAUCUUAAGAAAUACUUAAAAAUCUGAAGCGCCACAUUCAACUGGGAAUGGGAAACACACUGAAAUAUUUCAUAGUCUUACUUUCACUUGGGUUAGGAAAAGUGAGAUUUUUUUUUCAGUUAUUCAAUAAUUUUCUAAAAAUUUGCUUCUCCAUCCAAAUUGUGCUUAGUCGACUUCUCGCUUUUUCGUACAGUUCGAUCCAUUAAGCAUAGGCCCCUUAGCCUAGGAAAGCGGCUUUCAGAUCAAAUGGUGCCCCUUCAAAGGGCAUGAAAUAGGGAGCAAGGGAGGGACUGGUGACAACAGGGCUCUGGGUGCCUCCUCCAGUCAGAACAGCUUUGCGUUGUCUGUUUUAAUAAGGUUUUCUUGAACAGUUCACAAAUCAGCACCCCGCCUCUUUACCCUGAAUGUUUUUAGACAGUAGCAGUGGGUCAUCUUCUAGUUUCUAUGGCUGCAUUUUAAGGAAAAAGAUAACAUUCUUCACAUUAAAAUCAAUUAGAUCUUUCAAAUAAUAUGGGCUCCUAAGUGGUUCUGAUCAUCUCUUAUUGAUGCUAUCUUGGUGAAGUUACAAGUUCUGCAAGCAAUCAUUUUCUUUUAAAUAUUUUAUUAUUCUUGAACAACAUUUGAGAACCUUUCCUAAAGUGGUCAUAGUCGCACUACAGAAAUAGCUAAGAUUCAUGACAAUUCUUCCUAACAGUUACCCAGCAGCAGCAAGCUGUACGGGGAAGUUACUGCGAAUGCUCGUCAUGAAAACGCGUGCCCCGUCUUGGCCUCUCGUUCACAGAGGUGCCUAACACAGGCUGUGUAAUAUGUGUAAUCCACUGGAGUAGCAUGCCCGACUGGAAACAAAACACUUGUCCCUGAGAGCCGUUUGGCCGUGAAGGGGAUUCUCUGUCUUGUAUUCAAGGAUAAGUCCUUCCCCCUUGUCCAGCACAAUGGCACUGGUUUCAACGGUACCGCCGUUGUAGGCUGAAUUGGUACUUAACCUUACGCUCACAGCAGCCGGAAGUCCUGAAAUCAUUUCUGCUAGAUUUACCGUGGAUGUUGAUUCUCCAAAAUUCAGAACCAUGGUAAAGACUCUGUCGAUGCCAUCCAGCUCUCUCGUGUACACGACGACUUGGCUGUCAUCCCCCACACUCCCCACAUGGCAAAACCAGCCCCUGCUGAGAAGCAGCUCGUUGGCAUGAAGUGAAGCUAAUGUUUGAUAUAACUUCAAAGCUGACCUGUACUGAGUCUUCUGGACCUAUUGGAAAAAAAAAAAAAAAAGUUAUUUACAUAGAUGUUUGAUUCAAAGGGGAAACCCCG